AUGGGGCUUUAUAAUCGAAAGAUCACUGUCGAUGACAAUACUAUUACAUCGGCUGUCAAUUUAACACUACGACAGUCUUUGUUUCCUAAUCUUUUGGUUACAAUCCUUUUCUUCCUCUGGGGAUUUGGCUAUGGUCUCUUGGAUACUCUGAACUCGCAUUUUCAAACGACGCUCAAUAUCACUGCUGGUCGAUCUUCUGGAUUGCAAGCUUCAUACUUCGCUGCGUACUUCAUUUGCCCGUUGACUAUUUCCGGGUGGAUCGUUCGCAAAUAUGGCUUCCGAGUGACAUUUAUGACUGGUCUUGCUGUUCUUGCUGUUGGCUGUCUUCUCUUCUGGCCAAGUGGAGUUAAGAGAUCAUUUGGUGGCUUCUGUGGUAGCAUGUUCGUCGUCGGAGCCGGUUUGGCCACUUUGGAAACAGCUGCAGACCCAUUCCUUUCCAUUUGCGGACCGCCGAAAUACAGCGAGAUCAGACUUAACUUGGGACAAGCCGUGCAGGGUGUUGGAACCUUCAUUGCUCCGCUUUUGGCCUCUCGUGUCUUUUUUGCAAACACAGUUGAUACCAAUGCCGGGCUGAAAAAUGUUCAAUGGACCUACCUCGGUGUAGCCUGUUUUGUAUUUCUCUUGAUUAUUCUUUUCUGGCUCGCACCCUUUCCCGAAAUUACCGACGCGGAUCAGGAAGCACUAGAGGGGCAAAUCGCAGAAAAUCAUGCGGAUGUUGGCCCAUUCAAGAAACAGUUCACUCUAUUUUUGGGUGUAUCAAGUCAAUUCUGCUACGUGGGCGCACAGGCUGCUGUCGCUGGAUAUUUUAUCAAUUUUUGUGAAGAGGCUGGUCGAGAUGCUGCAUCAAGCUCCGACUUGCUCUCGGUUGCACAAGGCCUCUACGCAUUCAUGCGCUUCGUUUCUAGUGGCCUCAUGAUGAUGAGGCCAUUCAAGCCUCGUAUUAUGUUGACUGUUUUCUUGACUCUCUGCGUUGUCUUCUCUGUUGCAUCCAUAGCUACUCAUGGCACUGCCUCCGUCGCCAUGAUUAUUCUUGUCUUGUGUUUUGAAUCACUUUGCUUUGCAACAAUUUUUUCAUUGGCUCUUCGAGGCCUAGGUCGUCAUACCAAGCGAGGUGGCUCCUUGCUGGUCGCAGCGAUCUCUGGCGGCAUGGUGUUCCCCCCAAUGAUGGGAGCCGUUGUUACUAAUGUAAACGCCCAUACUGCCAUGGCCAUCCCAAUGAUGGGUUACAUAAUUGCUUUGGCUUUCCCGAUCUAUGUCAAUAUGUAUAAGAGAGACGUGAUGGAUAUGCACCGUGACACCGAUGUUAACGUCACAAUUCCAGUGAGCAAGGACAUUGCAAUGGAAGAAGGAACGCAAAGCAAGCCUGUCGCCACGAACAUUGAAACAGGUGAUCCUGUGGAGCAAGAGAAUCAUGGAACGAGUGCCGAGUAG